AUGAACGAGACUCACCCCAUCAUCAUUCCUGGCCGGCAUCAUCUUGCAACUCUGCUUGUGUCUCACUAUCAUGAAGCAGUGAAACACCAAGGAAGACAUCUUACUGAAGGUGCCAUUCGAGCGGCAGGGUUCUGGCUGGUGGGAGCUAAACGCUGCAAUAGCAGUCUGCUCCACAGAUGUGUUACAUGUAGAAGACUGAGAGGAAAGACCGAACAUCAGCGGAUGGCAGCUCUGCCAGCAGAACGGCUACAAGUAGCACCUCCCUUCACCUAUGUAGGUGUCGACGUCUUUGGACCAUGGGACAUCGUCUCACGCCGCACAAGAGGAGGAGUCUCCAACUCUAAACGAUGGGCUGUGAUGUUCUCAUGCAUGUGCUCAAGGGCAGUUCACAUCGAGGUUAUUGAAGCAAUGAGCACCAGCAGCUUUAUCAACGCCUUGAGGAGGUUCUUUGCAGUCAGGGGCCCUGCAAAGCAGAUCCGCUCUGACUGCGGAACUAACUUCAUCGGCGCCUCUCGUGAACUAGAGAUGGACAAGACCAAUCCAGGCUUCAACAGUGUGGAGGAGUACCUGGACACACAGAGCUGCACCUGGGUAUUCAAUCCGCCCCACGCGUCUCAUAUGGGUGGCGCGUGGGAACGAAUGAUUGGCAUUGCCCGCCGUAUUUUGGACUGCAUGCUGCUUGAGGAGAGGAGGUCUCACCUGACACACGAGGUUCUGACCACACUCAUGGCCGAGGUAGCUGCAAUCAUGAAUGCUAGACCGCUCAUCCCAGUGUCAUCGGAUCCGGAAUCGCCUCUCAUCCUCACCCCAGCAAUGCUCUUGACUCUUAAGACAGGCUCUGCACCUCCUCCUCCGUCAGGAAGCUUUGAGGAAGCGCAUCUCGUCAGAGAGGAGUGGAAGCGGGUUCAGAGCCUAGCAGACAUGUUUUGGAACAGAUGGAAACAUGAAUACCUCAAAACAUUGCAGCUUCGGCACAAGUGGCAAGGAAAAAGGCCGAACCUCCAAGAAGGAGACAUAGUUCUCCUGAAAGACAAUCAGGCAAAGAGAAAUCAAUGGCCUAAGGGUAUCAUCGCAAAAACCUUUCCAGGAGAAGAUGGAUUGGUCCGGAAGGUUCAAGUGGAAGUCGUCAAGGAUGGAACCAGGAAGACUUUUUCUCGGCCCAUUACAGAAGUGGUCCUGCUUCUCUCUCCAAAGACUGAUUCUGUUAGUUAAUGUGGG